GUCAUCACGUCCUCCGAGCGUCUAAACUGUGGCCGUGACUGUCCUUCAUCCGUCCACAUCCUGCUAGGCUCGACUCCCUGAACAAGAUGGCCCUGCUCAAGUCCAACAAGGUGUUCUUCUGUCUGGGUAACAUCACCCCAUCUCUAGGGGUUCUAUCCGCCCGUAACAGCUCAUGGUGGAGUGGAGUGCAGAUGGGUCCCCCCGAUCCCAUCCUGGGGGUGACCGAGGCCUUCAAGAGGGACACCAACCCCAAGAAGAUGAACCUGGGAGUCGGAGCCUACAGAGAUGACCAGGGCAAACCUUUUGUUCUCAGCUGUGUUCGCAAGGCAGAGGCUUUGAUUGCAUCAAAACAGCUGGAUAAGGAAUAUCUUCCCAUUGGCGGUUUGGGAGAUUUUACCAAGGCUUGUGCCCAGCUUGCUCUUGGUGCUGAUAAUGAGGUCUUGAAGAGUGGCAGGAACAUCACUGUCCAGACAAUCUCAGGAACUGGAUCUUUGCGCAUUGGAGCUAACUUUCUGUCUCGUUUCCAUGGCGGUUCCCGUGAUGUGUACCUGCCAAAACCUUCCUGGGGCAACCACACACCCAUCUUCAGAGAUGCUGGCAUGCAGCUCAAAGCUUACCGCUACUACGAUCCUUCUACAUGCGGCUUUGAUUUCAGUGGAGCUCUGGAGGACAUUUCCAAAAUCCCAGAGCAAAGCGUGAUCCUGCUGCAUGCUUGUGCCCACAACCCCACCGGUGUGGACCCCAGGCCUGAGCAGUGGAAGGAAAUAUCUGACAUUGUGAAGAAACGCAACUUGCUGGUGUUCUUUGACAUGGCGUACCAGGGCUUCGCCAGUGGAGACAUAGAUCGUGAUGCCUGGGCUGUGCGCUACUUCCUUGAGCAGGGCCACAACAUCCUUCUGUCCCAGUCCUUUGCGAAAAACAUGGGUCUCUAUGGUGAGCGUGUGGGGGGCUUUACUGUGGUGUGUAAAGACAAUGAGGAGGCAAAGAGGGUGGAGUCUCAACUGAAGAUCCUCAUCAGACCCAUUUACUCCAACCCACCAAUGAAUGGUGCAAGAAUUGCCACAACGAUUCUUAACACCCCAGACCUGCGAUCACUUUGGCUGGAGGAGGUCCAUGGGAUGGCCAAUCGCAUUAUCAAGAUGAGAGAACAGCUCGUGGCUGGCCUGAAAAAGCAUGGCUCCUCCCACAACUGGCAGCAUGUCAUCGACCAGAUUGGCAUGUUCUGCUUUACAGGCCUGAAGCCUGAACAGGUUGAGCGCCUGACGAAAGAGUUUUCUGUGUACAUGACCAAGGAUGGCAGGAUCUCCAUGGCAGGCGUGUCCUCCGGGAACGUGGGAUACUUGGCGGAGGCCAUCCAUGCUGUCUCAAAGUAGACUGGCUCCUGCUGGGAGAACAACAUUCAAUUAGCGAGGAUAAAGGAGGGUUGAUAUAUCACUCUCUAUCCAUUUCUCCACAUUUCACUUCUAGUGUAUGGUUAGACAUUGCCUACUGUCCAACUUGUUGCUGUUAAAAUGGUUUACUUAUUUUGUUUUUCCCCAAAAUAAUAACAAUAAUGUGAUCCCCCUGCUAAAUUGUUAAAUAUGUACAGCUGACAGAUAUCUUGUCUUUUCUUAUUGUAUGAAACAAACUUGGCUGCUGUUCUUCAGGGUAACAUGACAAGUGAGCUGAUUGGCUGUGUGAAAUAGAAGCAAGUGUAAAUGUUGUCUUUUAGGGUGGAAGCACUUUAUUCAAAGAAAGCACUAUUUAAGUUCAAAAUUGGCACUGAGAAACUUGAUUAGUUCACAAAAUGAACUAAUCAAUCACUCAAUACUCUUAUUGUCAUUGUUUUGGAAUGUACUUGAUCUGUAUCUUAGUAGUAUUCACAAUUGAAUCAAAUGGACUUAAGUUGUUGGUGGAACAGCAGUUUCUCAGUUUAUUUCUACGCGGUAAACCACAUAAGUCAGGCAAGCCAAAAAUACGUAUUGAGCUCAGUACAUAAUGGAUAUAAGAAGUGAAUGAUUUACCAACAUAAUGUUUAUUCAGUCCAUUCACUUCUUUAUGCAGGAUUAUUUCAGCAACAAGGACUUUGUAUUUAAUAUUGGUUCAGCCACUUGGGGGGCUUUCAGGUGUCAUCUGGGAAUGCGGAUGAUAUUUUUUGAAUGUCAUCUUUUGCCUCUGUAUUCUGCAUACUUAAACAUUGGUCAUGUGCAUCACAAAACUACAAUAAAUCAUUCAAGAGUU